AAUAUCUCUAGGCAAAGUUUCAAACUUUAUCCAAACAAAUUUUCCUCGUCGAAUGGCAGCGAGAUGUCCAGUCACCGGCCUGAGCUUUGCACCGCCGUCGUCUUCUUCUUUCAGAAGCCACCCUGAAAAAUAUUUCCUCGUCGGCCAACCCGUAAAGUCCACGCUUCCUAUUGCUUCUGCAGGGAAAGCUACUAGAGAGAAGUGUAACUUUAUUGUAUCGAAAAGACUGUCUGGGUUGGAGGAAGCCAUGCGAAUUAGAAGGUCUAGAGAGCUUCGAGAUUCAGAGAAAGUAAAGAAGAGACCUCCAUUAAGGCGUGGAAAAGUCUCUGGUCGGCUUCCUGUGCCGGACCACAUUCUGAAACCUCCUUAUGUUGGCUCGAACCUAUUGCCGGAACUCUCCAAAGAACAUCAAAUACACGAUGAUGAGGGAAUUGCUCGCAUGAGAGCUGCUGGUGAGCUUGCUGCCCGUGUUUUGGAAUUUGCAGGAACAAUGGUCAGGCCAUCUAUAACAACCAAUGAAAUUGAUAAAGCAGUGCACAACAUGAUCAUUGAUGCGGGUGCUUAUCCUUCCCCACUUGGGUAUGGUGGCUUUCCCAAAAGUGUAUGCACAUCGGUCAAUGAAUGCAUGUGUCAUGGAAUUCCUGACACACGGCAGCUUCAGGAUGGUGAUAUAAUAAACAUUGACGUGACAGUCUACUUAAAUGGAUAUCAUGGAGACACCUCAAAAACAUUUCUCUGUGGAAAUGUAAACGAGAAUGCAAAGCGCCUUGUGAAGGUCACUGAAGAAUGCUUGGAAAGGGCUAUUUCUGUCUGCAAAGAUGGUGCUAGUUUCAAGAAGAUUGGCAAGAGGAUAAGUGAACAUGCUGAAAGGUUUGGGUUUGGUGUGGUGGAGCGUUUUGUUGGCCAUGGUGUUGGGACUGUAUUUCACUCUGAACCAAUCGUCAUGCAUAAUCGUAAUGAUGGACCUGGCCGUAUGGUUGAAGGCCAAACCUUUACCAUCGAACCUAUUCUUACCCUGGGAACCAUCGAGUGCGUUACAUGGGAUGAUGGAUGGACUACUCUUACAGCGGAUGGCAGCCUUGCUGCACAAUGUGAGCAUACACUAUUGAUUACUAGGACAGGCGCCGACAUUUUGACAAAGUGCUAAAAUGUGGCAAAGGUCUGUAUUAGCUGGCAUCUGACUGUAUUUUUACAGGGAGAGAGAGCUGUACAUAGUUCAAUAAUUAAACAUCUUUAUUUUAAGGAACAAAGAGAAAGGGCAUUUGUUAGCAGUUACUAGUUUUCCGAAUUUUUAGCAGGUUCUGUUGUGUUGAAUAUAAUUGUAUACCUCAAGUUAGCUCUGCGCAGCCAAUGUUAUGUAUAGAUUCACAAGGUUAGAGCUUUCACAGAUAGUUUAUGAAUGUUGCUGUUGGUGAUUGUAUUUUUGAACAUUGUCACUAAAUAUUGUUGUGAUAUGAUAAUCUGCACUUUUAGUAGA